GAUUAUGAACUAGUUGUUAAUUAACUUGAAGCGUACUUAUCAAGAUACAUAAUAGACUCGUCUUUUCUGGAAGUCGGACGACCAAAUCUUUGUCGAGUGUGUGUCAAACUGAAGGCGCUAGCGUUAGCUGAGCGUAAAGCUAACGGCUCAAACUCAAAGCUAUUUUUAACUUUCCGUCCUUUAUGUUCGUCGCAUCACACUGUGGGUCGGUACCUUUCGGGCAGAUGUCUGGUGUCAUCCAGGCGGUGACUGUCUGACCGAUGCCUUUACCAUGAUGCCGGGUUGCAUCGCCCUGGUCAUUGCCCUCCUCCUGUCACACGCCAGCAGCUUCCUGAACUCCGUGGAUGAAGACGGUGUCCCUGAAGACUGGGUGCUGCUCCACAUGGUUCAGGGCCACAUUGGAGCUGGAAACUACAGCUACCUGCGCCUUAACCAUGACGGCAGAAUCAUCCUGCACAUGCGCAGCCUCCAGGGUGAUGCCGACCUGUACGUGUCGGAUAAAACCCUGCGGCCCAGUUUUGACACGUACAAGCUACAGUCGGCCACCUGUGGCCAGGAUGUGGUGGUGGUUCCGGGGGACUUCAGCAGGCCUGUCGGCAUCGCCGUUUAUGGUCACCCGUCACACCAGGAGAGCGAGUUUGAGAUGAGGGUUUUUUACGAUCAGACAGUGCCUCUGGACCCGUUCGAGAAGAGCUCGUACAUGUCAGAAAACGGACAUCAACACAAGAAAUCCCCCCAGGUGCCACAGGAGGGCUUUCAAGAAGAAGAGUCUGUCUUCUGGACGAUUCUCAUCGGACUUCUGAAAAUUAUACUGGAAAUUUUGUUUUGAAAAUGGACUUCACUUUGAGGACUGAAUGUGUUUCAAGCGAUGUUGGUGGAUCAGUUGGGAUUGACACGUUCGGGGGUUUGGGUUCUUUGCAGUAACGAGCUGCAGCAGCAGACGACGGUCAUAAUCCACAAAUUCAAGAUGAGGAGAAAACUCCAAGUGCAGAAUGGUGCCAUCACAUUGUUUGGGUUUUGUAAUGGUGUCCGUGUUUGUUUACAUCCACGUGGGAGGUUCCUGAAUCCACACAUUUAAUGUCUUCUGGACAUUCAGGUGGGGGGCUGGAGAUGUGGCUCCUCGUGCACGUUGUCAUACUUGUGGUGGUUUUUUUUUUUUUUUUUUUUUCUCCAUGUUUCAGGUUGUUGGCCCCAUUUUGUUUCUCAGAGAACAUGAGCCAAAAUAAAUGAAGUUAAAUUUUA